AUGGAUAGCAAUAAGCUCAGAAACUCUGGUUAUUAGUUAUCUGAUAGAGUUCAAUUUGGAGGUAUAUUUGAACCAGAGAAAUGCAAAUAAAUAGCUAAAUAAGUGAUGGAAUUAUAUGAUUCUAAUAAAGAUGGUUAUAUUGAAUAAAAUGAAAUUGCUAUGAUGUUGUCAGAUGCCUAUAGAGCUAUGAACAAAGGAUUCAAUCCUAAUUCUUAAGAUGUCUCUAAUUGCCAAGCCAUUUUAGACAGUAAUUUAGUUAAUUGAAAUUGGCCAUUAGGAAAAUCAACCGGAAGAGUUCAUAAUGAAGAUAUAGAACAAUUAGUACAAAAGUAUUUCUCUGGAUAACCACCUGCUUAACCAGUAAAAAGAGUUCCAGAGAAGUUGUCUAGAAUUGCAUAAGAAAGAUUGGAAGUAGCCAGAAGAAUCUUUAAGUUUGUUGACAAAGAUAAUUCAGGUGUCUUAACUGAAGAAGAGGUAAUAUAUUAAUUAUAUUAUAAGGUUCCUGAAUUAUUAAAGGAAACUUAUAAACAUAUGGGUAUGAAUGAUUAUGAACCAACAAAAGAAGAUGUUGUCAUUUGGAUUCAAAUGACUGAUACUGAUGGAGAUGGUAAAGUGACUCUUGAAGACUAUGAAUAAUUAGUAUUAGAUUCAUUGAGAAAAUAAGGCAUCAGUUUGGAAUGA